AUGGUGAAGGAAACGGCCCUCUACGACGAGCUCGGCAUCUCGCCGGAUGCCACAGAGACACAGAUCCGCUCCGCCUACCGCAGAAAGGCGCUCCAGUAUCACCCCGACAAGAACAGUGGCGACCCGGCGGCGGCCGAGAAGUUCAAGAAGGUGGCGGAGGCCUACGAGAUCCUCAGCGAUGCGGAGCGGCGCAAGCAGUACGAUGCGUUCGGCCGCAACGGGCCUGGCGGCGCGGCAGGCGGCAGCGGUGGCUUUCCUGGGACCAGCUUUGGCCCGGGUAUAGACCCGAUGGACAUCUUCUCUUCCUUCUUCGGAUUUGCCUCCGGUGGCGGCCCUGGCGCGUCGCGUCCGCAGCGGCCAGCGAAGCCGUCGUUCAUCUUGGUGGAGCUGCAGUGCUCCCUCGAGGAGCUCUACUGCGGGACGGUAAAAGUGCUGCAGGUGCGUCGGCGGCGUCUCUGCCCCUCCUGCCACGGCCACGGCACGUCGAACGGCCGGUCACGCCCGGUGUGUCCGCAGUGCAGGGGGAACAAGACAGUCACGAAAGCGCUCAACUUCGGCGGCCUCACGGCAUACCAGCAGUGCCGCUGCGACCGUUGCGAAGGCCUCGGCAAGCUCCCCAUUCAGUUGCCAUGUGCGCGGUGCGGGCCGGUCUACGACGCGCACCAGCGUGCGCCACUGUCCGGUACCCGCAAGCCGGACCCCCUCCCCCGCGGUGUUGUUGUGGAAGAGAAGAUGAUCAAGGUGACGAUUGAACCAGGCACGGAGGACAGCGAUGCGCUGAACUACGUUGGCCAAGGUGACGAGCUGCCUGGCUUCGACGCCGUCGGCGACGUCCUCGUUGUCGUGGAGCAGCUGCCUCAUCCCCACUACCACCGCCUGAACAGCACGGAUCUGCUUCUUUCGAACUGUCGUGUGCCGCUUGGGUGCCUCUUCCAUGGCGCCUUCUCGAUCCCCAUCGAGCUGCUCGAUGGCCGUGUCGUGCGUCUGGCGACGCCGCUGCGGGAGAGUAACGUGCCGCACUUCCUCUUCGACUCACAGCACGUCUUUGUUGUGGACAACGAGGGCAUGCCACUGAAGGAGCGCAAGAGGGGCGGCGCGGCGGCCGACGCAAGCCAUGACGGCAGCGGGACCACUGACGGUGUGGCGCAUCGGAAGAAGGGCAAGCUGUACCUCUGUAUCAACGUCGUGUUUCCAAGCUCGCUGACACCAGCGCAGGUGGACAUCAUCAUGAAAGCCCUCGGCGGCAGCCGCGAGCGCGACCCUGCCGCCACUGGCGGAGAUGCAGGUCGAGUGGUAACGCUGCAGCCGCACCACGGCCCGGCGCCGAGCUGGUACAGGGUCGAUGCGGAGGGCAACGCAUGGUACCAGCCAAACGCACCGGCCACCGCCAAGAAGAAAAGGAAGGCUACCUCGACAAGGGCGUGA